AUGAAUACACCAAUGAUAGCAGGUACCGAUAUAUUCCAAGUAGCAGCACACGAAUUUGGUCAUUCUCUGGGUCUUGCACAUACGGAUGAACUAAAUGCAAUUAUGACUCCUCAUUACAAAGGGUAUGAUCCUUCAUUUGAAAUUGAUAUCGAUGAUAUAAAGGCAAUUCAAGCUCUAUAUGGUUCAAGAGGAGGUCCUGCACUACCUGCACCUGAAGAGGAACAUUCUGACCCAUCACCUGAUACCAAUGAUGCUCCAGAUGUAUGUCAAGAUGGUACAAUAGAUGCUGCUACACGAACACAGAACGGAAAUAGUUACCUUUUUAAGGGUGAUUUUUAUUGGAGAAUUCUCGAUCACAAAAUAGCUGAUGGAUAUCCCCGAAAAAUUAAGGACGACUGGAAUGGUCUUGAUGGAAAUUUAGAUGCUUCUUUAACGUGGUCGAAUGGGAUGACCUACUUCUUUAAGGUAUGA